AACCACGUCACCAGGAAAUACAACCACGAAGUUUCAAUAUGCUGCGACAGGACUUGCACGACGCUCCUCUUUUUGGUGAAGAUGACGGUAACGUAGGCGCCAGAAGGCCGAACAUUGGACACCCGCUGGUCUCUUUCUUCCAUCUCUUCUUCCGAACAAGUGCCAUCUUGGUCUACUUACUGUGUGACAUCUUCAGCAGUCGUUUCAUUGUCUGUAUGGUCACCAUCAUCCUCCUGCUGUCAUGUGACUUCUGGACCGUCAAGAAUGUAUCGGGCAGAUUGUUGGUGGGCCUUCGGUGGUGGAAUCAAGUGGAUAAAGAUGGAAAUAGCCACUGGGUGUUUGAGUCCAGGAAGACGCACAGUCGGAACCCGGCGUCCAGCGCCGAGUCGCGGAUCUUCUGGCUCGGACUCGUCGUGUGCCCCAUCUUCUGGAUAGUGUUCGUGUUCAGCACCAUCUUCUCUUUCAAGAUCAAGUGGUUGGCUGUCGUAGUCAUGGGCUUGGUGUUACAAUGGGCAAACUUGUAUGGCUAUGUCAGAUGCAAGUUGGGUGGACAGACCAACCUGAAAAACAUGGCACAGAACUAUCUUGGCGUCCAGAUUUUCAAACAGGCAAUGAAAAAGACCCAGGGACUUUGAAGUUGAAGAGGAUAAGUGGCGAAACCGCUGGCAGUGUGAUGGACACAUUAUAUCUACGUGAUACCCGUGGGGCUUUUCUGAGGAUGGAAGGGUUUUUGUUAUUUCACUCAAGUUUUUGAUGCAACUGAUUUUGUAUGUGUUUUUUUUCCUCUGAAAUCAUUGACUGAUGAAUUUAAGAAUAAUUUCCCAACUUUCCAUUGAUGCAAAUACAAAAAAGUAUACUUGUUUUUGAGAAUACAUUCCAUACAGUGAAUAGUUUUGGCAGUGCAUCAGUUCAGAGGACAGGUAGAGUUAUACUUUCUACUGAUAUAAGGUUGUUGGGAAAUGUAAACCUUUCAUGGUAAACUGAGUUUACCACACUACUGACAUAAUCCUUAUAAGACUUUCAGUUAUUUUAAAAUAGGUGUUAUGUUAUAUAAUGUUAAAACAACAGACUUGGGAUUUAGAUCAAGGCAGUUUUUGUUAUUAGAAAAAUUAAAGCAUUAUUUUUUUACUUUAGAUUUUGAUGACUCGGCAUCUUUCAAUGUAUACUGUUGUGAAAAGGGCUUUGGAGGGCACAAGAUAAAUAGAUAUAGAUGUUACCUUAUUGUUCCUAUCAUUUAAACUAAGUGUGGGCCUUACAGUUAUACUGCUGCUUUAUGUUGUUUUAAUCUAACUUUAUUUAUUGUUUAAAGAUCAUGAUGAAUGAUAUUGGGAUACGGUUGGGAGAAGCGGGUAAAGUAUAUAAUGUUUACUGACAAGUGCCACUUGGUUGUAAUUUUACACAAACACUAGGGAUUUACCCUGGACAUCUCUGAAAUGAUUGUUUUACAAAAACAUAAAUGAAUAAAUACAAUAAGAAACA